GAAUGCAUUUACAACCAGUGUCAAUUUCUCAUCAACGGUAACGAUCCCGUUAUCACAUACCAGUAGUGGGCUAGUAGCUCCACAGUCUAAAUCCACCGGAAGCAUCAAACCCACGGAAUCAUCAAACUACCGAUUUACUUUAUCAUUAAAGCAUCAAAGUUGCUUUGGGUCUUAGGGGGUAUACAUUAUUGAGAAUGGAGAGCACAGACGAUGAGGUGAAGCAGAGGCAGCUGAUUGAUGCUAGGGCAAGAAACAUCAGCCAUAAUGUUCGCUGUACCGAGUGUGGAAGUCAGUCCAUUGAAGAUUCUCAAGCAGAUAUUGCCAUUCUCCUCAGGAAGUUAAUUCGUGAUGAGAUUCGAGCUGGAAAGACUGACAAAGAAGUUUAUAAAAAACUUGAGGAUGAUUAUGGGGAGACUGUUCUUUAUGCCCCAAAGUUCGAUAUGCAGACUGCGGCUGUGUGGCUAUCACCACUUCUAGUUGCAGGUGCUGCUGCAGGAGUAUGGGCUUACAACAAGCACAGGCAAAGGACUAAUGUGCAUAUCAUGGCUUUGAAUCUUAUUAGAGGGGUUCCAUUGACACCCAAAGAGAAGGAAAUGAUGCUCGACAUCCUCACCCCUCCCCAAAGCACUGGAACACUUUCCACCUGGUGGAACAGGUGGAGAGGUCACUGAUCUGCGCACCCCCCCCCCCCCCAGCUGUUAUCUAUCGUACAUGUUUUAGAAUUGUGAAAGAAACUUAACCUUCAAUGCCUUAGUCAUUGUAGGUUUUCAUCACAAUGGGUGGAAUUUUUCAUGGCAUCAUCAUUGAAAUUGAGCUUUUCUAUUGGUACAAUUUAUACUGCAGGCUCUUUAGUUAUAUCUUAUUGUUUUACUCAACUUAUGGAACUUCCUGAUGUACAUUCAGGUUAAAUGUGCUUGAUCUCUUGUAAUUAUUCCCCCCUUUUUUUUUUCCUGCUUUUUGUUGCACUUUUUCAUUGUUCUGGGUAGGUGAGUAAGUGGAGCUGAGAAUUCAAGAGUUCUCUUCAAUUUAAUUAUGGAUUGUAUCUGCUCACUUUCAGAAUAUAAUUAAGAACAAUUCAAGAUUCAAAUA